GCGCUGGGUAGGCGCUCUGGUGCUAGCCGAGGACGCUUCCUUUCUCGGGUGCACUGACCCGCCCGAUCUUGCCUUUGGAGAAGCCAGAUUUCUAGCCUUGGCUGCUCCAUCGGCCCGCCUGCCCCUUACCUGCCGAUUGCAUAUGAACUUUUCGUCCUUCUUUCUGCACAUCGUUGUCGUCGGAUUCGUCGAGAUCGUCGUGGUGCUCCUGUGAUGGUCUUCGUCCGUUUAGCGUAGUGUAGUUAGUUAGGGGCCAUCGAAGAAGAAAGAAGACGCGAUUAGUGCAGAGAUGCUGGAGGUUGUCAGUUGCUAAGCCAGAGUGAGAUAGUGGGACUAGAGGAGCCAAACCUAGCCGGGGGUGCACGGUUGCCCAAGGAGGUUGACUCGCCGGCGCUUCCCAACGCGCCGAGCUCCCUCCGAGCGUCUCGGCCGAGGCGCGAGAUUGCGACGCGCAGCGCAGGGCAGCGCAGCGCACCGACUGCCGCGGGCUCCGCUGGGCGAUUGCAGCCGGGUCCGUUUCUCGUCUAGCUGCCGCCGCGGCGACCGCUGCCUGGUCUUCCUCCCGGACGCUAGUGGGUUAUCAGCUAAUACCCGCAAGCAUCGUAGGCCAACUGGUGCCGUCCUUCAGAAGUAAUUAAAGGACAAUAUGAUGAAGCUAAUCUGUUAAUUUCUGCUUCUCAAUUUUAAACCUUGGUUGUUUAAGACUGAAGCAAUCAUGGUGAACUUGAGGAAUGCGGUGCAUUCGUUCCUUGUGCACCUCAUUGGCCUAUUGGUUUGGCAAUGUGAUCUUUCUGUAAGCCCAGUAGCUGCUCUAGUAACUGACAUUUUCAAUACCUCCGAUGGUGGACGCUUUAAAUUCCCAGACGGGGUACAAAACUGGCCAGCACUAUCUAUCGUCGUAAUAAUAAUCAUGACAAUAGGUGGCAAUAUCCUCGUGAUCAUGGCAGUAAGCAUGGAAAAGAAACUGCACAAUGCCACCAAUUACUUCUUAAUGUCCCUAGCCAUUGCUGACAUGCUAGUGGGACUGCUUGUCAUGCCACUGUCUCUGCUUGCAAUCCUUUAUGACUAUGUCUGGCCACUACCUAGAUAUUUGUGCCCCGUCUGGAUAUCUUUGGAUGUGUUAUUUUCAACAGCGUCCAUCAUGCACCUCUGCGCUAUAUCGCUGGAUCGGUAUGUAGCAAUACGUAAUCCUAUUGAGCAUAGCCGUUUCAAUUCGCGGACUAAGGCCAUCAUGAAGAUUGCUAUCGUUUGGGCAAUUUCUAUAGGUGUUUCAGUUCCUAUCCCUGUGAUUGGACUGAGGGACGAAGGCAAAGUGUUCGUGAACAACACAACGUGCGUGCUCAACGACCCGAAUUUCGUCUUGAUUGGGUCCUUCGUAGCUUUCUUCAUCCCGUUGACGAUUAUGGUGAUCACGUAUUGCUUAACGAUCUACGUUCUCCGCCGACAAGCUCUGAUGUUACUACGCGGCCACACCGAGGAACCGCCCGGAAUCAGCCUGAAUUUGCUGAAGUGCUGCAAGAGCAGCCCUGCUGAGGAAGAGAAAGCCAGCCAGGAGCAGAACGCCCGCCGGAAGAGGAAGAAGAGGCCGAGGGGCACCAUGCAGGCUAUCAACAAUGAAAAGAAAGCUUCUAAAGUCCUUGGGAUUGUGUUCUUUGUAUUUCUGAUUAUGUGGUGCCCGUUUUUCAUUACUAAUAUUCUGUCGGUUCUCUGCGGGAAGGCUUGUAACCAGAAGCUCAUGGAAAAGCUUCUGAAUGUGUUUGUUUGGAUCGGCUACGUUUGUUCCGGAAUUAAUCCUCUGGUGUACACUCUCUUCAACAAAGUCUACCGAAGGGCUUUCUCCAACUAUUUGCGCUGCAAUUAUAAGGGAGACAAAAAGCCACCUGUCAGACAAAUGCCAAGAGUUGCUGCCACUGCUCUGUCUGGAAGGGAGCUAAAUGUUAACGUUUACCGGCACACCAAUGAACCGGUGAUUAGCCAAGCUAAGGAGCAGGAGCCUGGCAUAGAGAUGCAAGUAGAAAAUUUGGAGCUCCCAGUCAAUCCCGCCAGUGUGGUCAGUGAAAGGAUCAGCAGCGUAUGAGAAAGCGCAGCACACUCUUUUCCUGCCCAAAAACUCUGGAGAUGUAAGAAAAGUUACUCCUUUAAUUUUUCUGUCGGUCAUAACUAAUGUAAAUACUGCAGUUUGACAAAAAAAAAAGUGUUUUUAUAUAUAGCUUUGCAACCCUGUACUUUACAAUCAUGCGUACAAUAAGUAAGAUUUAGAGUUCUAUAUUUACUGUUUGUAAUAGAUGGAGAGUAACUUAUUUUGACUCUUUGAUGAAUAAAGGAAUAAAGGGGUUAUUUUUUCUCUCCCCCUACCCCAGCUUCUAUCUUGCCUUCCAUGCUGCCCCCUGUCUCCUGCCCUUUCUCUCUCUCCCUCCUUCUCUACUAUGGAAAUAUUGAUGUUCAUCUCAGGUGGCAUUUGCGGGAGACCAGAAUGAUGCACGACAGUUCUAUUGCAACCAUAUUAAAAUGUGCAAAUUCAGUGGAAACCAUUUCCAGGUUAACAGUAAAUAUACACUUUAAAUUCUUGCUCUGCUCAUAUACACACAUAAAUACAGUAAGGUGGAUUCUGCCUUCUGAUAGAUCUCAGUGAGUCUGAGGCAGAACUUAGCCUUGUCUUACACACAGGGGCAAAAUUUGACAUUGUCAGAGCGUUGUGUUGGUAUUUUACUGCAAUGUCUGUCCCGCAACAUAGUGGUUUUAACAUAGCAGCUGGUUAACCAGGACUACAGAAGUGGAAGGAUGAUAAGAGAUAUAAACACCAAAUAGCUUUUCACUUCUUAAGGACAAUGUUCAAAUUCUGAUUAUUAUGACAAGCAAACUGGAAUUAGUGUUCUCAUUCUGGUCCUUAGUAAAUACCUAAUUCCAUGGUCACACUGGGAAAUGAAAUCCCAGAGUUAUUUCCCAUUCCAGGACUCAACAUCAAUUGGGUUUUGAUCUCAGAAUCCUGGAAAUUCGUGUGCUACACACAAAGUGAAAUUAGCAUUUUGAGCCUUAUUAAAAUAUUUUCUUAAUUGUGGUACCUCUAUCUAUAGGACCUAAUUUAGCAGUCCAUUCUUGAGUAAAACUUGUGUUAGAAGGAGAGAUGACCAAGGUUGAGAAGUUUUACUUGAUUAAGGACUACAGAACUAGGCCCUUAGAAUGUGAAAAAGUAAUUUAAAAGACGCUUUUAUGAACUCUGGGAAUAACAGAAAUACAGAAUUUCCAUUUGGAUUUUAAACAAAAAUUUAUCUCAUUUUCAGAUCCUUCCAAACUCUCUAGUGCAGGAAAAGGCUGCAGCUAAUUUGUGAAAGUGGCAAGCUCUUCAUUGUACUGCAAUUACGUACCAGAAGUUAAAAUCUUUGUUAAAAUAUAGUGUUGUGCUACAAUAAAUGUUGGCCAUCGUUUCAUUCGUGGGCCUGCUGCUCCCUAAGAACCCAGUACCAUUUGAACAGUUUGUAUGCUGUGAAAGGUUUUCAUGCCUUGCUGAAGUCAAACCAUCAUUUCUAUGCUGUGUGCAGAGUGUACAAGUGUUUCCAGUAACUGUAUGUAUUUCCAUGUGUGUCCAUGUCACACAACUGUGGGUAAAUUUCCGAAGAAUUCAUGAUGCUAUUUCUUACACCUGACAGUUACUUUGCAUACCUGCGAGGGUGCCUUUCACUAUGGUGAAAUCGGUGAACGCAGAAUCUGAAUUCCUGAAACCCUUGGUCAGUGUCCUCAACACACAGCGUAGAUGAAUCCAGUAACCUGCCACAGGGGCAGUGGGAGGGCUGCUGUAUUUGAGGAAACUCAUACAGUCCUUAUUCAACUUACAACACUGCCAAACGUCAGUCAAAUGCUUGAGCAUGCCCAAACAUAACAUGAAAGUCAAGUCUACCUGCCUGUUAGGUCAGUUGAACUGCAUGUUAAAACAAUUCUGUGAAGUUGAAUGAGAUGAUCCAAUUCUUACCGAAAUGAGGAUGUCCGGAGAAACACAGCAUGUAUUUAGCAUGAGUUCUGCCCAUGCAGAUGGUGCCCUGCAUGUAUGCCAUGUAUGUUGCAUGAAUCCAUCGAUUCUUAUUGAUGUAGGGCAAAGUAGCUGACACAAAAAGGACUGAAGAUGAUCUCCCAGCAGUCCUUCAAAAGACCAUGCAUUCAGAUCUGAAGUAUCGCGAGUGUUAGGGGAAAUUGGAAAUACCUGAUUUCUUUUCUUAACUAUCAGGGCAAGCUCAUAGCACAUGUUUUACAAAGAAAUAAAAUAUAAACCACAGAUUUUCAAAAGCACUAGCAAUAAGUUGAAUGAUAAUAGCUUAUAGCACAUUUGUUAAUAAUUCUUAAAGUCAUCAAGUAGUAGUACUUCACACAGUAAUUAUCCUCAAAUUGUGUGCUAUUCGUAAAUUCUGUGCAUUUUGGUAUGAAAAAAAUAUACUCAUUUGGAUAUCAAUCUUAAAGUUCAAUGUUAAAUCUACAAACUUUUAUAAGUGUUUUAAUAAGUCCAUGUGAUAAACCAUAAAUGUGGUGAAUUUACUGUCAAAUCAUUUUAUUGUAUUCUUAUGUGUAUCUGUUUAAGAAAUGUGCAACAGACUGCCUUAUAUUAUUUCCUGUAAUUCUACUCCUUUGUCCAAUAGUACUUUUGUGAAUGGUUGUAAAGGUUUGUCUUACUCCCUAUCCCUGUAUGUUACCCACUCCAGGUUUUUGUGAUACUUCCUAUUAAUUUAUUAAACUUAAUAAAUGUUG